AAGAAUGAGAAGUAGUGACUAUAGACAAAAUUUGCGCAGUCCACAGAAAAUGAGUGUUACAGCGCAAUGUCCAAUAUUGUGUUCUCGAAUAUGGCGAAAGUAGUGAAUUUACGUGUUGUGAUAAGUGCUACCUUGUGACUUACUAUGUUUGAAAAUGGAUAGUUAAGCAAUUAUUUAUACAAAGAAAGUGUGAUAAUAGUGUAAAUAUACGUAUCUGUUGUUAAUUUAGUGAAAAGAAACAAAAAUGUCUACAGACAAAAUUAAAGUUGCUGUUCGGCUCCGUCCUUUUAACAGAAGAGAACUUGAAAUGAGGGCACAGAGUGUGGUGGAAAUGGAGAAGGAUCAAACAAUCAUACACCAACCUACCUCUCUGGACAAAAUGGAAAGAAAGCAACCAAAAUCGUUUGCUUUUGACCAUUGCUUUUGUUCCGUGGAUCCCAGUAAGAAAGACUUCGCUUCGCAGGAGGUUGUGUUUGAUUGUUUGGGCCAAGACAUCCUCCACAAUGCAUUUCAGGGGUACAAUGCAUGUAUCUUCGCCUAUGGUCAGACAGGAUCUGGAAAAUCGUACACCAUGAUGGGCUCGCAAGACAGCAAAGGUAUCAUUCCAAGGUUGUGCGACUCACUUUUUGGCCUAAUAGCAAAACAACAAAGUUCAGAAUUAACAUACAAAGUAGAAGUGAGCUACAUGGAAAUCUACAAUGAAAAGGUGCACGAUUUGCUGGAUCCUCAAACAAACAAACAAUCAUUAAAAGUAAGAGAACACAAUGUCCUUGGGCCGUAUGUUGAUGGUUUGUCGCAAUUGGCUGUAACCUCGUUUCAGGACAUCGACAAUCUUAUGGCGGAGGGAAACAAAUCACGAACAGUAGCAGCUACAAACAUGAAUAGUGAAUCAUCCAGAUCUCAUGCAGUUUUUACUGUCAUCCUAACCCAAACAUUAAUAGACCGAAAAACGGGAGUAACAGGUGAAAAAGUUAGUAGAAUGUCACUAGUAGAUUUAGCAGGAUCAGAGCGGGCUGUGAAAACUGGAGCGGUUGGGGACAGGCUCAAAGAAGGCUCUAAUAUAAAUAAGUCGUUAACGACCCUAGGUCUAGUCAUUUCAAAAUUAGCAGAUCAGUCUUCGGGCAAGAAUAAGGAUAAUAAGUUUGUGCCAUAUAGAGAUUCGGUACUAACGUGGUUACUCAAAGAUAAUUUAGGAGGAAAUAGUAAAACGGUGAUGGUUGCUACUAUAUCUCCGGCAGCUGAUAAUUACGAGGAAACUCUUUCUACCUUGAGAUACGCUGACCGAGCUAAGAGAAUCGUUAACCAUGCUGUUGUUAAUGAAGAUCCUAAUGCCAGAAUCAUCAGAGAGCUCACCCAAGAAGUCGAAGCAUUGAGGGAGAUGCUUAAACACGCCACUGGAUCGCCAGUGGGAGACGUACAACGAGUGGACAUCCAUCAAAAAUUAAGCGAGAGUGAGAAACUAUACAAGGAAAUGUCGCAGACUUGGGAGGAGAAACUGAUGAAAACAGAACGGAUACAAAAUGAACGGCAACAAGCAUUAGAAAAAAUGGGCAUUAGUGUACAAGAUUCGGGUAUUAAAGUAGAGAAAAAUAAAUAUUAUUUAGUGAAUUUAAACGCAGAUCCUUACUUAAACGAAUUGUUAGUAUAUUAUUUAAAGAAUGAAACGGUGGUAGGUGCUAGUAGUAGUGGUUCUGGCAAAGAACCUGACAUACAACUGUCGGGUUUGGGUAUACAGCCUGAGCAUUGUAUUAUAACCAUAGAAGAUAACGGUUUGUUCCUGGAGCCUCUUGCCAAUGCUAGGUCUUGCGUGAAUGGAUCUCAAGUUAGUCAAAAGACGCCAUUACGUCACGGUGAUAGAAUUGUAUGGGGGAACCACCAUUACUUCAGAGUCAACUGUCCUAGAUCAAUAUCCGCUGCUUCUGAGCCUCAAACACCAGCACAAAACAUCGAUUACAACUUCGCCAGAGAUGAAUUGAUGACGAACGAGCUGAGCAAUGAUCCUAUUCAAACGGCCAUUGCUCGUCUAGAGAAACAACAUGAAGAAGAUAAGCAAGUUGCCUUGGAGAAACAACGCGUGGAAUACGAAAGACAAUUCCAGCAGCUACGAAACAUGGUGUCCCCCUCCACGCCCUACUCCCCAUAUUCCUACGACCCUCUUAGAAUAGGCUUAAGCAAGACUGCCCCCUGUACACCAACAACACAAAUGAAGGUAGAAAGAUGGGCGCAUGAAAGAGACGAGAUGUUCAGAAGAAGUAUAUGUCAAUUAAAAGACGAUAUCCUUAGAGCGAAUGCCUUAGUUAAAGAGGCCAAUUUUCUCGCAGAGGAAAUGGCUCGACAAACUAAGUUUAGUGUUACCUUACAAAUUCCUCCGGCUAAUUUGAGUCCCAACAGAAGGAAAGGCGCUUUUGUGAGUGAACCUGCAAUAUUAGUAAAACGAAAUAAUAAUAGUCAGGUGUGGUCGAUGGAAAAAUUAGAGAAUAAAAUUAUAGAUAUGAGAGAGUUUUACGAAGAGAAUAGAGACAUGGAUCAAGGUCAAGGCCAAGAUCAAGAAAAUAACAAUGAAGUUAAAGGACCAGGUCCGUUUUACGAAUCGCAAGAGGAACAUAAUCUAAUAGGAGUAGCUAAUAUAUUUCUGGAGUCUUUGUUUCAUGACGUAUCCUUAGAUUACCAUACACCCAUUAUCAGCCAACAAGGGGAAGUAGCUGGUAGGUUACAGGUUGAAUUAAGUAGAAUAGCUGGACAAUUUCCUCAAGAUAGAAUAUGUGAGGCAGCAUCAGACAAUUCAUCAGAAUGCAGUCACGAUGAAGAUGAGCAAGGUACAUCACAAGUUACGAUUCGAGUCAAUAUCAAGCAAGCAUCUGGUUUACCUCUGUCUCUUGCUAACUUUGUGUUUUGUCAGUAUUCCUUCUGGGGCCACCCUGAAGCCGUAGUAGUACCUGAUAACACGGGCAAUUGUAACGGUCAACCAACAACUGUGAAAUUUGGCCAUACCCAAGAUUUUGUCGUGAAUCUUUCAGAAGAGUUUAUGGAGCAUUGUGCAGAAGGGGCGCUUUCAAUAGAGGUGUGGGGUAACAGAAGCUCUGGAUUUUCUUCGUACAAACCUGGAUGGGAGGUGGUAGAACAGCAGCUGGCUACAGCUAGAUCAUUAUUAGACAGGUGGUCGGAGUUAACUAGAAAAAUAGAAUUGUGGGUAGAAAUUCAGGAACUUAACGAUCAAGGUGAAUAUGGCGCUGUGGAAGUUGCUAUGAGAACUGACAUGUUAACAGGGGGUAUUUAUCAGCUGAGACAAGGCCAACAACGAAGAAUUCAAGUUAGAGUAAAACCAGUGCAAAAAUCGGGUACUCUACCGAUAAUUUGCCAAGAAAUUAUCAAAAUAGAAGUAGGCGGAGUUACCGAUAGAAGUAGACUACUACUACCCUUAGACUCGUAUCAAGAAGAAGACUUAACUAUACUAAGAGAAAAAUGGAGUGACGCUCUAUCUAAGAGGAAACAAUAUCUGCACCAGCAGCUGCAAAAUCUCUCGGAAAAGACGAACAAAACUGAACAAGAUCUCGAAAGAGAAAAGAGUUUGAUGGAACAGUUGGUGAAUUUGACUGAAGAGAGCAAUGCUGUGUAUGUCCCACAACCCGGUUCUAGCAUACCUGGUGCGCCUGCCAUGUGGAGCCCACCACCUGGAAUGGAACCACACGUGCCAGUUCUAUUUUUGGAUUUGAAUGCUGACGAUCUAUCAACAAACCCUGCUGGAGAAGGAGUGACAACUGCGGGAGUAAACUCUAUUUUGCCAAAGGAAGAUGGAAAAGAGUUUUAUACUUUGCGGAUACUCAGUCAUUUGGAAAAAGAUGUGUGUGCAGUGGCGGCGUGGGAUUCUUCAAUUCAUGAUAGCCCCAAUCUUAACAAAGUAACUGAAGCCAACGAAAGAGUUUACAUGAUACUACGUGUAACGGUACGGUUGUCUCAUCCAGCACCGAUGGAUCUUGUGUUGAGAAAACGCCUGGCGAUAAACGUUUAUAAACGACAGAAGUUUACUGAUAUAAUCAAAAACCAAAUCAAAUCAAAAAUCGUUCGUACUGAUAUGGUGACAUCUUGCGGUGUGACAUAUUUAGUAGUUUCUAAUGUACCUAAAGCCAGCGAGGAACUGGAAGGCAGGGAAAGCCUUGCGCAAUUGGCAGCUUCUGGAGAAAAUUCUUCGAUGUGCGAUGGAGAAACAUAUAUCGAAAAAUACACAAGAGGAGUGAGCGCUGUUGAGAGCAUUCUAACCCUGGACCGUUUACGACAAAAUGUGGCAGUAAAAGAACUGCUGCAAGCCAGAGGACAACCGUUAAUGAGGAAAACAGUCAGCGUACCAAAUUUCUCACAGACUUUGGAAAACAAAAAUGGGUUGAUGAGACUUGACCUCAGCAGUGAAUCUUUGCACAUGUCACGAUCGGAAAGCGUCUCAGAACUCAACAGUGAGUUAGGAUUGACCCCGUUGAGAGGACGUUCAUCCUUCGGGAAGGACAAUGAAGUGACUCCUCCCAAAUUCGGAGGAUUGGCCCGACCCACGUUCUUAAAUCUCAAUUUAAACUUGAACUCAUUGAGAUUGCAACAGCCGACAAGUACCAAACUUUUCCCUGGAAUGGUAUCACCAGCCAACACCAAAUUGGGGUUAAGGAUGACUACUUUACAUGAAGAACCAACCAAAGCAUUACCAAGGAAGCAUUCCUUUGAUCUACUAAUGGAUGAUCCAAUCGAAGAACAGAGCGAAGAAGGAUUAAACGGAAAAUCGGAAAUCCACUAUGUUCAAAGGAAGAAAACUUACGCCAAGAAAUAUCUGCCAAUGUCACGUACUUUAGAUUCUUUGACGGAAUUUGCACCAAAACCCAACACUCCAUCUUCGAGUUCCAGUGGAUAUGGAUCACAAGCUGUUUCAACGACAAAUCUUUCUUGUGAUGAUUCCCUGUCGAUGAAAAGUAUGAGCGUUGAUGAAACUCCGGAUUUUGAUGGUAAAAUGAACAACGAUCUAGAACCAGUAUCAGAAGUAACGGAUAUUUCUAAAGAAGUGGAGAGACUAUCCAUUGAAGAAGAACAACACUCCACUAACAACGACGAAAGCUCAGACGACAUCGUGAAUGGGGGGGACAGCGACUCAAACCCAAAUCAAACUGGAAGUGACCUUAACGAAUCAAAUUCCGUUGUAAAAACGAAUUUAUCCCCAGGGAGAGUUGUGAGAAGGAAAAAACAAAGCACCAGAAGCCAGUCCCACAGAGCAUCAUUUCCACAAGCUCGAUCAGUUAUGUCGGAAAGUAAAUCAGCUCAUAACUUAGGAAGUAAAAACAACUUGGUGUUGUCUGAAGAGGAUAGUAUGGAUAGUUCUACCGAUCGACUAGAAGAUGACCAUGAAAGUAGUUUCGGUUCUCGUCCUGAUUUGUCAAAGUUCCAUGAUGUUCCCGUCCCCGAUUGGGUAGUGCUAGGAGAAAGUGUUCUUAUUAGACCUUACAAUUCUUCUGGAGUUGUGGCAUUCAUGGGAGAAACCGAAUUUUCGACUGGGACUUGGAUAGGCGUCGAACUUGAUGCUCCUAAAGGUAAAAAUGAUGGCAGCAUAAAAGGAGUACGGUAUUUCACUUGUAAACCAAAAUAUGGUAUGUUUGUAAGAGCAGACAAACUAAUCCUUGACAGACGAGGUCGAGCUAUGAGGCUUGAUAAGGCUGAAGCUCUUGCCAACAGUAAUAAAUGUUCUCUCAGCAAAGAUUCAAAAAGCCGAUCUCGAGGGAAUGGUUUAAACACAACUGGUACCAGAGCAAUUUCGAAAGCUAAAUAGAAGAGGAGAACAUUUCGACCAUCUUUUCAUUAAUCCACCCUAUUUAUUGCCAUUUGCCGUGUUUAACGACACAAACUGUGCCGUCCAUUUACAUGGCGUAGUGUUAUUUAUCCUUGCCAUUUCAUAUAUACAUAGCGUCUCACUGUACAGGGUCAUCUAUUCGAUCUCAUCUAUUAUACAGUGCUCGCGUAAAGUAUAGAAACAGGAAGAUAUCUGUGACACCCUCUAUGAUAUAAUAACAAAAUGUUGGUUAUGUAUAUUAGAUGGAACAGUGAUUAAAAAUUUUAAAUUUUCGACGUGGUCAAAUGUAGAGUUUCUGAUAUAUACGGAUAAUAUGCUUAUUUUUAAAUUGUCAGGCUUUCAUCAUUAUUUUGGGUUUUUGAUAUCCUCAUAAAUUUAGUUUUAAUAUCAACGUAACGGUUGUAAUAACAAUAUUUUUACUAAUUUCAAUUUACAGGAUAUAUGCUGUAUCGGCAAUAAAAAUCUGUAACAAACGAUUUUAAAAGAUACUGUUGGUCCUAUUUAAAAAUACGCAUAUUAUCCCUAUAUCUCAGAAACUGUACCUUUGGCAAUCAAAAAUAUAACAUUUUAAAACUCUGGUCAAUCUAAUAUACAUAACCAACAUUUUGUUACUAUAUCAUACGGGGUGUCACAGAUAUUUUUGUUUCCAUAGUUUGCGCGCACUGUAUAUACAUUGAACAAUCAUCUACAUCUGAGAAACAUAAUGAUGUAUGUAAUGAAGAGAAGUUUUGAAAUAGAUGACUGUAGUACGCGUAUUUGGUUGCACUUUUAAAAACAGCGAGCACUUGGCUUGGUAUUGUCAUUUUAUAGCAAUUUCUACACACAAAUGCCUUCAUGUAUUGAAAUUUACAGCGAGACACUAUAUUUUUUGAAAAAAAGAUAUAAUUUUAUACCCAAUCUCUCGUUGUAAUUUGUAGUCAUGAAUAAUGUUUUUUGUUUUAUAUAUAUUCAGGCUCUGUUGCACAUCAGGAGUAUAUUAAGUUCAGCCAAAUAUCUACCUCCUGUAUAAUCCAUUACCUGAAAUCAAUCUUCAGGUCAGAGAUUGUCUGAUACCUUAUAAUUUUUCCUCAAUAAUAUAAAGGAAACUGCACAAAAUAGUAGUGCUGUGAUUGAAAUGCAAGAAAUGCUACCACAGAUACUGAAUAGACUUGUUCAUAUUGAUGUGCUAAUGAUUAUAUAUAUACAAAGUAUUUUUUAUAAAACAAUUAAUUUAUGACACGAUAUUUUGUGGUAGCAGCAUUUUUGUAUUAGACGUGAGCCUCCCAAGAAUAUUACUUUAUCCCUACUUAUCAUACACACUCUUAUAAUCAUUAAAAUUAUAUAUAAUAUUCCUUGCCUGAUGAUUGAAAAGUUCCAACGCGUUCUGCUCGUUAUUUUUCGGAAAUAACGCAGCCAGAGCGACGCUAAACCAGGUCUUGCGCACUAAAUAUGUUGUCUAGUUUCCUCGAUGCAACAUUAUUUUAUAAUUUAAGCAUUUCUUUCUGUGAUAUAAUUAGUGUACACAGAGCAGUUUGGUUCUAACAUAUGUGAAUUAAUAAACAUUUUUUGCGUGCUGUAAACUUGAACAGAUUUAAAAUAGGAAUAUGUAUCUGUAAUAGGCAACCUGUAGCUUACGAGUAUUUAACUUCUGUGUGUAUUUAGAAAAAUGAAAUUAGAUUCUAAGAUAAAGCGUAGAUUCAAUAGCGGUAAACAUUUGUUUAGACCAUUUCUAAUUUUACGAAAUAAACUGCAGUGAACGCCUCGGUUUAAAUUUGGUGACUGUUCAAGUUAUAAGAUUAUAGGCCUGCCGCAAGUUGACUUGCAGCUUCGUGAAGUGACGCAGGCUGAAGCACGGUGAAAUUCUGUGAAACACAGAAAUGAUACUAAUAGACGGAGAUGCAGCGCUGAAAAAUCUCUUUGAAUUUACUAAAGCUAAAUUUUUCACAGUUGAUUACUGUGAUUGUAUAGAGAAACAUACUGCGGUCGGUCAAGCGAAACGUAGAACAGGGCUUACUGAGAGGGUAUCAAAGUUGCUUUCUUACAAAGGUAAUUAAAUCCAUUUACUAAGGCUGAAAAUCAGUACACACAUUCUAAAUUCAAUAUAAAUAAAAGUUAUUAUAGUCGGUCAGCUGUAUGACGUGACAGAGCGGGUCGGUCGGCCCCAAUGAAUGAAUGAAUUCACUAUAUUUUGACCCCCUUGUAAACUGCUUUAUUUACAGAAUUAGAAAAAAAUGUAAAAUACAAAAGUUAUUCGAUUUUUUAAUUAUGAUUUUUUGACAUAUUAUAUCGUACUAGUGACGUCAUCCAGGGUGUCCAAAAAUUUUUUUUGAAUUAUUAAUUAAACAAUUAAUUUAAUAUAAUUUUUUUGGACACCCUGUAUAAUUAAUCAUGUUAAUGUUUAUAUUACUGAAUAGGGAAUUGAAUGACCUUUCAAAUGAGCUAGCACUCGACCCUAUUCCCAUUUAAAAAAAUAGUCGAUUACGUCAUCACGCCAAAAUGGAUGACGUCACUAGUACGAUAUAUAUGUCAAAAAAUCACAAUUUAAAAAUCGAAUAACUUUUGGAUUUUACAUUUUUUUCUAAUUCUGUAAAUAAAGCUGUUUAUAAGGGGGUCAAAAUAUAGUGAAAAACCCUGUACAUUCACUGGGGCCGACCGACCGGCUCUGUCCCGUCACACAGCUGACCGACUAUAAUAACUUUUAUUUAUAUUGAAUUUAGAAUGUGUGUACUGAUUUUCAGCCUAUGUGUUCAGCCUGUGUGUUUCAACUGUGUUCAGUAUAAAUGAAUUUAAUUACCUUCGUAGGAAAGCAACUUUGAUACCCUCUCAGUAACCCCUGUAUUACUUUUCGCUUUAGUAAAUUCAAAGAGAUUUUUCAGCGCGCCUCUUGGACUAUAACACUGCAAGUUCCCUCGCAGAGUGACGUGACGCAGUUUUGACCGUCUGUGAUCCUGCGCUAGGCAGUUCUCAUUCCACAGAUUGUCACGGUGUGUGGAGGUAAGAUCCACGAAUUCUGCAGGAAAGAAACAAGUCACUAGCAGUUUUUUCUCACCUCACCAAGCAACGUGUUAACUUACGGCCGGCCUUAUUAUUCUACUGCAUUUGAUAUCCGAAUAAUUUUAUCCUUUGACGAAAUCUUUAAAACAAAACACUCUUCAUAUUUUAUGGGUACAAUACAGUUACGGCUUACAGUAAGGUGUGCGCUUUGCUAAUUUAAACUAACGAAUUGAUCAUUAUUAUUAUACCUAACCUAAUAUUGUCCCAUGUUUUCUUAGACCUUUCUAUCCUCUUAAGAUUCAGAAGCUUAAUACGAGACUUGUUCAAUUGGAGCACAUCUUUGUUCCAGAAAAACUUUAUUGGCAAAUAUAUUUACAAAUAGUUACCGCUACAAUUCAGGAUAUAUCCCAUUAAGUUAAUACGGCAACAGGUGUAUGUUUUCAAAAACUGAUAGUGUGUAAAGUAUUUAUUAAAAUCAGCUAACUACUUUCGGCAUAGCAAUGC